ACAAAUAAAAGUUAGAGAGAGAAUGUUGAUAGAGAGUUAUUAAAGCAAAGAAAUUUUUUUUUUUUUAAUUUUUGUGUUGUUGUUAUAGUGAGUUUUUGGGUUUUGCUUGCAGUCUCUCUUUCUUUCUUCUUUGUCUUUCUGCAAAAUCUGACCUUGAAAGAUCAUUCAUUUGGGUGUUGAUUUUGGUAGUUCUUGUUGUUGCAAUCAAAUCUUUUUUCUUGAUAUAGUUUUCUGAUGAGGAUCAGGAAAAGACAGGUGCCCUUGCCUCUUUCAUCUCUCUCGCCUGUGCCAGUGGUUUCAGAUCCCCACUUCAACCGGUCUCCUCCGGUGGUGCAACUCCACUACCCACAUCACAAUCGUGGACAAGAACAUGAUAGGAAAUCCUAUGGCUUUUCUCAACGGUCUGAUCAUCCCAAUCAACCGAUCGGAACAAGCAACAACGCUUUGGAUGAUGGUGAUUUAUCAGUGGCUCAAACCCACAAGAAGAUAGAUUGUUUGAUUUUGAUGAAAGAUAAAGACUUUGAGGGAGGCAAAUCACUAGAACAAGUUAGAGAUGAAGAUGAAGAUGAAGAAAAGAGUAGUAAUGAUUCCAGGAACAAAAGCAUCUUGGAUGCAGAAAUGGUAGUUAAUGGAGUUGUUGUUUCUUCUCACUUGAGUUCUUCACAUCAAGUUGUUGGGAGAUGGUGUGAAGGAGAGAAAGCAUUUCCAUUGAAGAAGAGAAGAGCGAGCUUUGAGAGAAGAGGCAACGAGGAAACAAGUGUAAUAUUGGAUGAUGAGAAAGACAAUAAUAUUCAUAAGAAGAUGAAGACCAAGAUUAUGAAGACAAAGAUGAACAAAAAAUUCGGUCUUGAUUCUCAUCUGAAUCAACAAGAAGAUAGCAAGGAAACAACAGCAGCGAAAGAUAGCUUAAAUGUUGUUGAUGAUAAUAAUAAUAGCAAUAAUAAUAACAAUUCUUCUACUGCAACAAGCGCAAGUAAGAAGAGAGCUCGAGGGGGUGCAUUAAUGGAGGGAUCAAGGUGCAGUCGAGUGAACGGGCGUGGAUGGAGAUGUUGCCAACAAACCCUUGUGGGUUACUCUCUUUGUGAGCAUCAUUUGGGGAAAGGAAGGCUGAGGAGCAUGACGAGCGUCCGUAGUAGGUCACUUGGCAACUCAAAGAACAAUGAAAACACAUUAAUAUCAUCUUCAUCAAAUGCCGCUGCUUCUUCUAAUUCUACUCCCACUGUAACAGCAGCCUCAAUAUCUUCAUUCAUGGAAGAAACCAAAAACCCAAGUGCAGCUAAUGAAUUACUAGAAGAAGGAGAUGAUGAAGAGAAGCGUCCACUGAUGAUGACGACAAAGAAGAGGGCGAAGCUCGGAACUGUGAAAGCUCGAUCGAUCAGCAGCCUGUUGGGGCAAACAAAUAACGAACAAGUCACAGUUGGUGAAAAUAACAGGUAGGGCAAAGUGCAUGUGAAGGGAAAUUAAUGAAUAAUGAGGAUUAUUUCAUGUCGCCACUGUUUUGAAAACACAAAUUUAAUUGCUUUGACUAAGUAUUUUGUUUUGUCUUAUGAUUGGAUGAAUGCGUUUAAUAUUUAAACCAGAAAUUUUUUGUUUUUA